AUAUGGAGAUACUGGGAGACACAACGAUUGAACAGUGUCUGCAAUCAAGUUUGUUGGAUUAUUUGACGAAAACAAAGACUGAAACAAUGACCUCAGUGAGACGAAAUAUUUUACAAACGGCAAUAUUUCUCUUUGGAAAAGAAACCACGGAUGGAUUUGGAUUUGUGUAUUCAAAAAAUAAAGACGUUGCUGUGCAACAAAAGAGAUUUCUCAUCUUCUCCUACUUGUUCCUCGAUGCCCUAAAGAAAAACUCUAUUUCGGACAAAGCUAUUGCCAUUCACAACGGACUUUGGUCCCAACAUUUACAGCACCUGGCCAACUGUGGAAAUGAGAAAACAGUGAAACGCUAUAUAAGAAUAUUGGAGGAUAAAGAAGAAAUUGUUUUCAAUAUUAAAAGACUUCAACGUAAGCUGAAAUCUGUAGGAAUGGAAGAGAAGAAACUUAAGUUCCGAUGUAGGAAAUCUAACAUGUUUGAGAAAAUCGGGAUGGGGCUGAAAAAACUGUUUUAA